AUGACGCGAGUGGCACUGUGGGCCUUGGUUGGCCUCAUCCUGUCGAUAGCUGUCCUCAGCUGCUCAGCCUCCGACGGCGAGAGGGUCAAGCGACCGGCCAGGCACGACUACGACUACGACGACUACGACGAUUGCGAGAGGGACGACAACGAACACGAGGUGGCCUGCGGCUACGGCAAGUCGUGGGGCUCCUGCGAAGACGACGAUGAUUGCCCACCGAUUGCGCUCAUCCUCGAACUCGAAGAACAGGAGGGCGGGGAGGACUCCUGCUGGGAGGAAGAAGAUGACGAAUGUACUGGCGGUUCUCCCACCACCACGACCACCUCGGGCGGUCACACUACCGGAGGCGGCCACAGCACCGGUGGCGACGGGUCGACUGGCGGGGAGAACGGCGGGAGCGACACCCCCGUCGGUGCCAUCGUGGGCGGCGUCCUGGGCGGCGUGUUCGGCGCUGCUGCCGUGGGAGCCGCUGGAGCCGGCGCGGGAUACGCCCUGUAUCGCUUCAUGCAGCGAGGCGGCGCGUCCCCCAUGCCCGCAUCGGCCAUGGACGGCACCGAGAUGGCGACCAUGAACGACAACGCCCUCUUCCAGUCGCCCACCGAGGGCCACACCAACGAUCUCUUCCAGUCCGGGGCCAUGGCCGCCGCCGACGCUGUCUAA